AGGAAAAAAUCAUUCUGAGAUAGGUUCUUUUGAGAUGCUUUCAGUUCAAUUGAGGACGAUGAUAAAAUUUUCAAUUUACAAGACCCAGUUGAAUUAAUGGCUUCCUCUUGGCUCUAUUGGCGGUGAUCGUUGAGACGGAACAAUGCCUGGUCCUGGGCCGCACAUGCUCUACGCCAUGGGCUCAGGCAUGGCUCUGAUGACUCUUAGCGACGGCAGAUUCAGCCCGCACCAUGCUCUCGUUUACACCAUCAACGCCUUCUUCGGCCCCGACAUCGGUUCCUUCUCCGAAUGGCUAGCCUCCAUUCUCGGGUUCUCGGGAUCUUCAAUUCCCGACGCCAUCCACCAUCCCUUGUUUUACAUCCUCAUUCUGGGUCUUCCUCUCUGCCUUUUCUACUCCUUCCUCUCCUCUGUUCUGCUUCAGAAGGGGGCUCUCGAUUCUGUCUUUGGGGUUUCUCUUAAUACCAGGCAAUGCUUGUUGUUAAUCUCAGCUGGUUCUUUUUCACAUUUCUUUCUUGAUCAUUUAUUUGAGGAAAACGGGCAUUCAUCAAUGUACACUUGGAUAUUGAGCACUGGUUGGUGGGCGAACCGAGCACCAAUCAACCCAGAUGCCGUAGUCAUAGUCGGAUUCUUGUGCAUUUGCUUAAUCGGGGGGUUUGUUUACAUUAACAGAGUGAAGUCCGCGAAGUCCAUUUGGAAACAAUCGUAUCAGUCAGUAAAGCUUAUUGUAGUAGUAGCUACCCUGUAUAGCAUGUGGUGUGCAAGCCAGAUAUACUGGGCUAGCCCUCGUCGACCAGCUGUCGGUGAAGAGGCUGAUCUCGGAGUUCUAGUGUUUCUUGCUUUCUAUUUUUUUCUACCUCAUUAUCUUUGUAUAAAGUCCAUGCAUCCAAAAGAUCUUGAAAUCCGACAACUCCCAUUGUAAUAGACGAAUUUUUCUUAUAUUAUCACAAAUAUAUCAAUUGACAACUAUUUCUUCGUUUUCA